AGUACAUACAAAAAAACACCACGCUCAUGCGCAGAAAUCUCCGUAUCAAUAGCCACGGAAAAACAGGUUCCAGAAAAUCUUGCAAAGCAGCCACUCCAUAAUAUUUCAUGAUCAAAUUUUGGGCGUAGUAAACCCUCUCGCUUCGUCUCUUCCUCUCUACUACUAGUACUACAGGUGAUCGAAUUCCGUCCAAAAACAACGACCACAUAACUGGGUUUGCAGGGUCACCACGAGCUAUCUAGCCUUCGGAAAUAUGGCCCUUUUCUCCUUCUUUGCAGGUUGGAUCGGUUAUUUGCUUAUUUGCCUGCUUGGAUUGAUUUUGAUCGCGUUUCUAAUUUUUUGUCUUUACAUAAAAUAUAUUCAUCUGAAAUAUGAUCACAUACCGGGACCACCAAGGGAUAGUUUUAUAUUUGGUCAUUCCCCAACCAUGCUGAGGGAGAUGAGCAAUGGUCGAGUUGUCCACGACAAAUUUCGGGAAUGGGCUGAGACCUAUGGGCCGGUGUACCGUAUCAACGGUUUGCAUAUUGUGAUGUUGUGUGUGACCUGUCCUGAUACCACCAAGGAAGUCCUGAUGUCACCUAAGUACCCCAAAGCCCCAAUGGUCUACAAGCGUCUCUUCAACCUGUUUGGACAGAGGUUUUUGGGAAGUGGCCUGGUCACAGCACAGAAUCAUGAUGAGUGGUACAAACAGCGAAGAAUAAUGGACCCUGCCUUCAGCAGUCUGUAUCUGCGGGGUCAGAUGGGUGCGUUCAACGAGAGGGCAGAGAAGCUGAUGGAUAAACUGGCGGACAUGGCUGACACCAACACAGCUGCCAACAUGCAACACAUGUUCAACUGUGUGACACUGGAUGUCAUCACUAAGGUGGCGUUUGGAGUGGAGCUGGAUCUGCUGAAGGAGAGUGACUCUCCGUUCCCCAACGCUAUAGAGACGUGUCUGAAGGGAAUGGUCCACUAUCUCAGAGACUUCACCUUCCAGCUCUACCCAAAGAACAAGAAGUUCAUCAACGAGGUGAAGAAGUCUUGUCAGCUGCUGCGUUCGACAGGCAGACAGUGGAUCAACGAGAGGAAAAUGGCCGUCCAAAACGGAGAGGACGUUCCAAAAGACAUCCUCACACAGAUCCUCAAGACGGCUGGCAAAGAGGAAAACAUAGCAAACGAUGAUGAGGAGCUUAUGCUGGACAACUUUGUGACGUUCUUCAUUGCGGGGCAAGAGACAACAGCCAAUCAACUAGCUUUUGCCGUCAUGGAACUGGGAAGGCUGCCAGAGAUACUGACGAAGGUGAAGCAGGAAGUGGAUGACGUCAUCGGGAUGAAACAGGAAAUCAGCUUUGACGACCUGGGGAAAAUGACCUACCUGUCUCAGGUUUUGAAGGAGACUCUAAGGUUGUACCCUACAGCACCAGGCACUUCUCGUUUCAUCCCUAAUGACAUCGUCAUCAACGGCAUCCCCAUCCCAGCAGGAGUCUCAUGCUUCUUCAAUUCGUAUGUCUGUGGAAGGUUGGAUAAGUUCUUUGAGGACCCGCUGAAGUUUGACCCAGAGAGGUUCCAUCCAGACGCUGCCAAACCCUAUUACUGCUACUACCCCUUCGCCCUGGGACCACGCUCAUGUCUGGGACAGAGCUUCGCACAGAUGGAGGCCAAGGUAGUGAUGGCAAAGCUGCUCCAGAGGUUUGACUUCAGCCUGCUGCCUGGCCAGUCCUUUGACAUCCUGGACACUGGGACUUUGAGACCAAAGAGUGGAGUGGUGUGUAACAUCAGACACAGAGGACAGACACCCGCAGCCUGACCUGACUGGGACCUGAACAUGACUAGCAUUUCUCUAUAACAUACUUGUCUUAUUUCUUAUACUUCCUAGUGGAACAAAUUAUCUCUUUCUUUCAAUGAAGCACCUUAUUCAAAUAUCUAGCUAUUUUUUUAUGAAAAUGGAUUUUGAACAAUUAUGUUUAUUCUUUGUAUCAAUGGUGAAAUAAUAUCUUAAAUAUGACGGUUCUAUGUGUUGAAGAGUUACUAGGACAGACUUGACAUAGGAGUGUUUGUAUUUGUGCUGAUUCCAUGUUGUUAAUUUACCCUUAUCAUGUUGUUACUAUGCAGUAUACCAUUUAUCAUAUAAUAUAAAGGUUACUAUGCAGUAUACCAUUUAUCAUAUAAUAUAAAGGUUACUAUGUAGUAUACCAUUUAUCACAUAAUAUAAAGAUAUUUAUAAAGUAUAUAUUAACUCCUUUGAUGAACUUCCUAACCAACAUUACCACAGUGCCUCUGUUGGAGUGAAUUGACUAUAUUUUAAUAAAAUAAUUGACCAAA